AUAACGUUGCCUCAACGCUCGCCGCCCAUUCUGUUGCGAACCGUCGGCCGCGCCGCACGCUGCCAUGAUCGAAUACGCGCGCCAAAACAUGUGCGAUUUUUAUCUGUCCCCAGCGCAACCGGCGCCCGCGCGCCUCGACGACUUCAACGUUUUCAAGAAGGGCAACGCCACCUUCACCUACGGAAAUCUGUACCCCUACGAAAUGUACCCCGAAGUAGAGGAUGCCAGCAACGUUUAUUACAACUUGAUCAACUUCCGCGAUUACCGCCCAGAGACCGACAGCUGGAAGAGCAAAGUGGUGGAGGACUGGAACUCCGAUGAAACAGUCGCGUGGAUCUACGACUGUGCCAUCACAACUCAUGGAUUUAACGAGCUGGACGUGCCGUUCCACAAUUUCAGAAUCUCGGGCCACGAGCUAAAGAACAAGAGACGAGAGGAGAUAGUGGAUAUGAUGCUGCACCCUCACGUCGAUAACGAAAUGUCGAGAAGGAUAGCCUACACGGUUUUUGAUAGGCUGCACUGUCGACUGAGUGAAGAGAUACGACAGCAGUCAGUGUUGAGAUACCCGGAACAACAGACAUUCUUAGAUUUAGACUGUCAUGGAAACAGAGGGUACCAUUCGGACUAUAAGCCCAACGAUAUCAGUUUGAUGAGCGCUGCAGAUUCCGGUGAUGAUCACGAGGAUGUGUUCCGCAUUGAGCCCGCGUCGCCGGCUUGCUCGUACGGUAGUGAUGGUAGCAAAUCUGGGGAUGAGGAUGAUAAGAAAAAGCCUUUCAAGAGGCCCCCGGGCCGUCCAAAAGGCUCCAUCAAGAAAGACAAACGUCCUCGAAGCGUAUCCGUCCCUCAGUUCCUGAGAGAUCUUUUGUUGGAUGAAAGAUUUUGUCCGUCGAUAAUCAAAUGGGAGGAUCACUCGCAAGGAAAGUUCCGAUUUGUCAAACCCGACGAAGUAGCGAAGCUUUGGGGUCAAAUGAAGCAGAAUGAUAACAUGACCUUCGAGAAGUUCAGCCGAGCCAUGCGUUAUCAUUACCAGCACAUGGUUCUGGUGUCUGUCCCCACAGCUCGCCUGGUUUAUCAAUUUGGACCCAAAGGACCAGAUUUCAAGACCAACAACCCUAACUUCGUCAAAGUUAAAUCAGAACUAGAAAACCCAAGUUACUCGUAGUUGAAUUUAUAGUAAAGUUUUUUUUUUGGAAAAUGAUGCUCAUUGAAAAAGUUGAAGCUUUGAUGAAUUGAAGGAUAAUGUUGAUGUUUCGUGUUUGGAACCACAAACAACUCUCAAAUUUGAUUUUCUAUAAGAAAUAGGAUAUACGAUUUCUAGGCUUAAAAUGUUUUUAUUAAAAAAAUAAGGUACAAACAGUAUUUAAAAUUAGUUGUGUUGUGUUUUUAAAGAGAGUUGUCUUGUGGUUAAGUUGUUUGAAAGAGAAAGAAGGUGUAGUAGAGAUUUUCAAGGAGAUUAUGAAGUAGAUAGAUGUUUUCGGAAAUGUUAUGAGUGUGAAUAAAGUAAGUCCGGUGUCCGGUUAGGUAUCGUUUCGAAGGUUGUAUUAGCAAAAGAUUGUUGGAUUGUUGCCGUCAAUUAAAAGUUGUAUGCCCAACUUGUUGAAGUGUCCAUAUUAUUUUUUUAAGUGGUACUUUAUUGAAUUUUUACAAAAUGGAUUUAGCCCUCGACAUGAAAUUUAGUGGUCGAACUUUUCAAGGUUGUUCAGAGUUACGAAUUUUUGAUAAAGUAUUUUUAAAACGUCGGUUGUUGUUACCAUAUUAAUAGGAUAAGUUAAAUUUAUGAUUAUUAUUGUAGCGUAAAGAUAUAUUUUGAACAUUCCAAUAUUAUUUAUAAUUAAUAUUAAUGUCAUUGGUGUCUUCGUCGUCAUUCGUUUUUUAACUAAUAGAAGUAGUUGAUGUUGCCAUACUUAUUAACAUUUUCAAAUGUACUUAAAUACAAUUUAUUAUUUUGUUUUCACAUUUUCUAUUAUUAUUGAAGCUUUUAUUUUGUGAUUUAUUUUAAGACAUAUUUCUAUGAUAAUUACCUCUCUCAGUGUUAGUUGUAUUAUAUUAUAGACUAAUUUUUAGAUUAUAUUAUUAUACAGGCGCGAUUGUGCAAUCAAAAAAAUGACAAAAAUAAAGAUCUGUAGGCCAAAGAUUAUGUAGGUUUGUGAAAGAAGUUCGUUGUUGUCCUGAAAAUUGUAGAUUUCCUUAACAUUAUAAAAUAUGUAAUUUAGUUUUAAGUUGGAGACUCUCAGGCAAUUGCUGUGAUGUAAAUUAAAUGAAUUGUUUUAAUUUUUUUUGUAUAUUGAUAGUACUUCUAUAUUAUAAUUCCACAUAAUAUGUAAAUAAUUUAUAUUUCUUCUGUCUUUAUUAACAUUGUUUUAGUUCUCACAGACUUUGUUUCAAAACAUUUUUCAUAUUUAUACCUUUGCUAUGACUAUUCGAGAAGUACACAGUUUAACCGCAAAAACAUUGUAAAAUAUAGAUUGUAAUAUUUCUGGUAAACUAAAAUGAAAAUGGUGUAAAAGUACCUAAUCAGAUGAUAUGAUGUUUGGAUCGUGCCGCGUUGCACAAACCAGCUCAUGACUAAGAGCCCCGUAUGGGUUCGAAACUAGUCGGGCAUAGUCCAACGUUGUAUUAUGUAAGUUUUAGCCGUGUUUCAUUAUCAAAUAAUACCUAAUCAGAAAUGUAAUUUUUUAUGGUCAGACAAACAUUAUUGUAAACCAGAAAACCCCAUUCUAAACACAUGAUAGCUGAAUUACUGCGACUCGGUCAACGAACAAUUUAAACUUUGCAAUCCGUAAAAGCCUUAAAAGUAGGGGUCCUUGCCGCUUUUUUUGUAAAAUCUCACCUCGGAGUUUUUUCCACACAUGCGAUCGAUGGGGUUGGGAUUCUUCCCAACAUUUUAAUAUAAAAUCAUCCCUUAAUUCGUAUAAAUAUUGAAAUUCUUGGGAAAUUAAGCAAGGGAGUAUAUCUAUUUUGACCAAAGUAUUAAAUAGAAAGUGUCUCUUUUAAGUCCCAGAAUGCUUUAGAUGCGUUCAAAAUAUUUUUACUGCACACAUUAACGUCGUAAAAUGCAAGGGUUACCGAAACUACGUUUUAAUUGCUCAUUUUACCAUUUACCUCAUCGACUAGUAAUAUGAAAUAUUUUUAACUAAUAAGAUUUUUUUGUAAACCACUUUUGAAUGGAAGUACAAAAAAUAGUGUCUUACGACAAUUUGAACGAAUAUAAAAUAAAUACACAGUUGUUGAAAUAAGCAAUAGGAUUUAAGAUAUUUUGUAAAAUGUAAACUUAAAUUUACUUAUUAUACUUAAAAGUUAUUUGUCUCAAUGUUGUUAGAAAAAACUUUCAUAUUAUUCAUAAGGUUCUAUAUUUUCUUAUACAUUUAAUACUACAUACGUUCUUUUUACACUUCAGAAUGUUUCUUUUGAUAAAUGAAUAUGUGCUUUUUCAAAUAGAGUUCGUCAGAGGAAUAACUAUGUACCACAGAAUACAUAAUAGAGAAGUAUGUAAUGCUAGCUACUCACUAUCCAAUAAGUCCACGUGUUUGUAGCGCUAACGGUAUCCGAUAAAACUGAUCGUGUGUUGGUCGCGAUCUGUAUUUCAGUCACAUUCUCUUCAUAGACAUUGAUUAUUAUUAGACGUCUAUGCAGAAAAGAUCUUUGUAAAUGUGUCUUACCAACAUGUUACAGAACAAAAGGAUAUAUAUAACAAAGUUUAUUUCGUAAGCAUACUGAACACGGAUGCUUAGACAUACUUGCAUCACUUAGACUUCUUUCUUUCUGAUCAGGCUAUACAAUUAUACAUACUCGAAGGUAUUAUAAUAUGUUAGUUUUCGUUAAAAAAUAUUAAAAAAUAUUUACCUCGCAGUCCGUGGUUAAGCUCUCCAUUCCAAAAAUCAGUUAUUUUUGAAUAAAGAUAAUAAUUCCAAGAACCUAUAAAGUAUGCAUCGAAUGCCGUGACGAGAACUAGUAUGACGCUAUCAUGCCGUGACGUCAAAGGGCAUGACGAUGUCAUGCCGUGACUGCAAAGGACAUGACGAUGUCAUGCCGUGAGGGCAAAGGGCACGACGAUGUCAUGCCGUGCUGACCUGCUACGCUGCUGAUAUUUUUUUAAAUUAUGAAUUCUAAUAUUAACAUACAACUAGAUGUUUUACAUCUGACGAUGCCAACUUAAUUUGGUUGUGUUUAUAUUAAUUAAAAAAAAAAAAAAAUACGGGAACAUAAAUAUUAUUCAAGAAUAACUGAAUAGACUAUGGUCAUUCAUAAAUCUUUGCCUAUCCCGUAGCGGAUGUGGUGGAAAAAUAUGAGGAGUCAGAAUAUUUUCGAAUUUAAUUUGCCGACAUAACGUCAUGACAUCGAUAUGACGGCAAAUACAAUUCUAAAUUACUGAAAUUACUACCUACAUAUUGCAUUUCAAAGUAAGACAAUGCUAGACUAAUUUAAAAUGUUAUACGUAAAUGUUAGUUUAAAAGAUAUUUGAUUCAAAACAAUAAAUAACUUAUUUUUUCUUAAAUCAAAAACUUCGUUUUUAAUCUAUAUUGUUAUACUAAGAUAGUAUUGUUAUUGUAAGUGAACAGAAAUUAAGUAUCUAUGAAAAAGAGAGAAAAUAGUGUCAAAAAAAACUUUUUACAUUUAAAUCCAGUUGUGUUAAUUUUAAGUUAUUUUACUGCAUAAUGCGUUCUACUUAAUUUUAUUUUUACUCUUUGAUCUGUGGAUUUACGUGCAAUUUAUAGAUAUUUAUGUAUUACAGGAUUAUAGUUAUUAUAAUGAAAUAGAUCGAAAAUAUACGAAUUAUAUUAUUAAUGUGAACAA